AUGGAAUACACAACCGAUAUUGCUUGUGACUCGCAGCAACAUAUUGCUAACUUUUGGGAAAUGGCUAAGCAGGAAGCCGAAGGGUUAAAACCUGAUCAGAAUUGUUUCAAAACCCAAGAUCUUCCGUUGGCUCGCAUUAAGAAAAUUAUGAAGCUGGACGAUGACGUAAAAUCAAUGAUGAUCAGUGCCGAGGCCCCCAUCCUGUUUGCGAAAGCAGCUGAAUUAUUUAUUCGUGAAUUGACGCUUCGAGCUUGGAUUCAUACGGACCGUAAUCGGAGGCGCACACUUCAGCGAAACGAUAUUUCCAUGGCUGUCUCGUAUGGAGACACGGAUCAAUUCGAUUUUCUAAUCGAUAUCGUGCCUAGAGACGAAGGACGCGGUCAUCGAAGGGUAAGAUCCUAG